GGUGGAUGCCACUUCCGGUGAAGGCAUUAUUUUCGGCUGUCCUUUUCCUUCUUAACCACUCUUUGCUGCCUCAUUUUACAAACCCAUCAAUCUUGCUUUUCUUUCAUUGUCAUUCAGUCAUAAAGUUUGCGCCUUUUUUAUUCCCUCCGCACCCCAACCCCCCCAAUUGCUGCUGUUGCUGCGACUGCUCCUCUGUCAUCCACAGCUCCUUGUGAUGGCAGAUCCCAAGAUUUCAUUCGCUGAAACCUUUCUCUGCAGCGCUUUUGCCGCUUGUUUUGCCGAGUUUUGUACCAUACCUUUGGACACUGCUAAAGUCAGGCUCCAGCUCCAAAGGAAAGCAGCUGGAGAUGCAGUUAGCUUGCCUAAGUAUAGGGGCUUGUUGGGUACUAUGGCUACUAUUGCAAAGGAAGAAGGUUUAUCAGCACUUUGGAAAGGCAUAAUUGCUGGCUUACACCGCCAGUUUAUUUAUGGAGGUUUAAGGAUUGGCUUAUAUGAACCUGUCAAAACAUUUUUAGUUGGCAGUGAUUUUGUUGGAGACAUUCCUCUGUACCAAAAAAUCUUUGCAGCUUUGCUGACUGGUGCUCUAGCAAUUGCAGUUGCUAAUCCAACUGAUCUUGUCAAAGUUCGACUUCAAGCUGAAGGCAAAUUGGCAGCUGGGAUCCCUAGACGGUAUUAUGGGACUUUGGACGCUUACUACUCAAUAGUUAGACAAGAAGGUCUGGGGGCCCUGUGGACAGGGCUUGGGCCUAAUAUAGCACGGAAUGCUAUUGUCAAUGCUGCUGAGCUAGCAAGCUAUGAUCAAGUAAAGCAGACGAUUUUGCAAAUUCCAGGAUUCACAGACAAUAUUCUAACUCAUCUACUAGCUGGUCUAGGUGCAGGGUUUUUUGCAGUUUGCAUUGGUUCUCCCAUUGAUGUGGUGAAAUCUAGAAUGAUGGGUGAUUCAACCUACAAAAACACUAUUGAUUGUUUUGCCAAGACCUUGAAGAAUGAGGGGUUUCUGGCCUUCUAUAAGGGGUUCCUCCCAAAUUUCAGUCGGCUUGGAACUUGGAACGUGAUUAUGUUUUUGACUCUUGAGCAAGCAAAGAAAUUUUUCCUGAGAGAAGUAAUUUACGACUAAUUUUCAUACGCAACCACGAGUAAGCAUGGCCUCUGUGGGCUAUGAUUGUCACGUUGGCUCUCCACAAUCAUUUUUUAGAUCACCGAAGGGUGAGGUAGCUGCCAUUCAUUCUUUUCAUUUAUGAUGUGCACAAUAGAAAUGAUAGUUGUUAAAACCAUUACAGUGGUCGUAGAAGCUAUAGAUCUGUUAGUAAUUACACUGUGAGAUGACAUGCAUGCUUGAUGCUGCCCUCCUCCCUCCCAAACCAAAGUUGAGAAACAUAUGCUGCAUUGGAUGUGGAUUUGAGCUGUAUGUAAUACCAAAAGACUACAUACUUUCUUGUAAUAUUAUAAUUUGCAUUUAAAUUGCUGUUCCUAUCCUGAUGUUGCUAUCAACUUUGGUGUCUACAUUAUGAAUCUGCAUUUUGAUC